AUGCGCGCCCAAUCCUUCGCCGCCUUUUUCUCCCUCUCCCUGUUCUCCCUUACCACCUCCGUCGUCGCUGAGCAGAACGGCCUCAAAAUCGAGAAGACUCAUGUCGUCGAAUGCAACCGCCGCAGUGCGGUCGGUGAUGUCCUCUCAAUGCACUAUCGCGGCACCUUAGCCUCCGACGGCUCCCAAUUCGACGCCAGCUACGACCGCGGCCAGCCAUUGGUGUUCACCGUUGGCAAGGGCCAAGUUAUCGCAGGAUGGGACCAAGGCCUGCUUGACAUGUGCGUUGGCGACAAGCGCAAACUCACCAUUAGCCCCGAGCUGGCCUACGGCGAGCGCGGCAUCGGACCCAUCCCUGGCGGGGCCACUUUGAUCUUUGAAACAGAGCUGGUAAACAUCGAAGGUACGGCAAAGGAUGAGCUUUGA